AUGCCUUUGUCUCGUUCUGAAAGUCAACCGGGAGAAGACACGCUGUUCGAUGUUGAUUUCCUAGAUUUACCGCCAACUGGAGCGUCUGAACAGCGUUAUAGAAGUCAGCAGAGCUCCUUAGGUGACUCUAACCACAACUAUGUUUUACCUGAGGAAACAAUUGAUCUUAGCAGGAAUGUAAGCAUUGAAAAUGACCUUGAUGAGGAGUACGGCUCUUUUCCGCACGAAACUUCCACAAAAUGGGCUCAUGAUCGGUUGAACUCUGGCGACGAUGCCGCCAAUGCUGCCAACAUACGGCCGAAAGGUACGGGGACGAUUUCCAAAAUGUUGGAAGCAGUGAGAAACACUCUCAGUCCGUCUAAUGGCAGCAGCGGAUAUCACAGUUUUGAAAUGAGAGACUUCAAUACUCCAAGAGAGGCUGAUAACUACGAGGCUUCAAGAAAUCAAUUCAACAUAAGGGUGCUAUUUAAUCGUUACGUGCUAAGAAGACCGACCGUGUCCGCUGACACCAAUGCUCAUAGGGUGAUUCAUAUGAACGAUAGAGCUGCAAAUUCCUCCUUAGGUUAUGGCGACAAUCACGUAUCUACUACCAAGUACAAUGCGGCAACUUUUUUGCCUAAAUUUUUGUUUCAAGAGUUCUCGAAAUAUGCCAACCUGUUCUUCCUCUUUACGUCAUGCAUACAACAAGUGCCUCAUGUUUCGCCUACAAAUAGAUACACAACGAUUGGUACACUCAUAAUUGUGCUUAUUGUCUCAGCAAUAAAAGAGUGCGUUGAGGACAUCAAGAGAAUUAACUCAGAUAACGAACUCAACAAUGCUAAAACCGAAAUUUAUUCAGAAUUGGAUGGUGGUUUUACGCGAAAGCGGUGGAUCGAUAUCCGAGUUGGAGACAUUGUAAAGGUUAAAUCUGAAGAAGCAAUUCCUGCGGAUAUAAUCUUGCUAUCGUCAUCGGAACCUGAGGGCCUUUGUUACAUUGAAACGGCCAAUUUGGAUGGCGAAACAAAUUUAAAGAUCAAGCAGGCUAAUCAGGAAACGUCGCGCUUCAUAGAUGCAAGAACCUUGCGAAAUAUACAGGGAAAGAUACUUUCGGAAACACCGAACUCCAGCUUGUAUACAUACGAAGGAACGAUGGAAUUGAAUGGUCACAAGAUACCUUUGUCGCCAGAACAAAUGAUACUAAGGGGGGCAACAUUGAGGAACACUUCAUGGAUAUUUGGUAUUGUCGUUUUUACAGGGCAUGAGACGAAAUUAAUGCGCAACGCAACAGCAACUCCUAUCAAAAGAACGGCUGUUGAGAGAAUUAUAAAUCUGCAAAUUGCCGUACUAUUCGGAGUAUUGAUCAUUCUCUCACUCAUUUCCUCCAUCGGUAACGUAAUAAUGAGCACUGCUGGCGCUAAGAAUUUAUGGUAUCUUUACUUAGGCGGGACUAACAAGGUUGGUCUUUUCUUCAAGGAUAUUUUAACGUUUUGGAUUUUGUUUUCCAACCUUGUUCCGAUUUCAUUGUUCGUCACUGUGGAGCUGAUUAAAUACUAUCAGGCGUUUAUGAUCGGCUCAGAUCUUGACCUGUAUUAUGAGGAAACGGAUACUCCCACUGUUGUAAGGACUUCCUCUUUAGUGGAGGAACUGGGACAAAUUGAAUAUGUUUUUACUGAUAAGACAGGUACUUUGACGAGGAACAUCAUGGAAUUUAAAUCUUGCUCGAUUGCCGGUCGCUGCUACAUUGAGAAGAUUCCGGAAGAUAAGGCAGCAACCAUGGAAGAUGGUAUUGAAAUUGGCUACAGAAAGUUUGAUGAUCUGAAACUAAAAUUAAACGACCCAACCGAUGACGAAUCUGCAAUUCUUGAGAAUUUUUUGACUUUGCUCGCCACUUGUCAUACCGUCAUUCCUGAGUUUCAAAGCAACGGUGAGAUCAAAUAUCAGGCUGCUUCACCUGAUGAAGGGGCUUUAGUGCAAGGGGGAGCUGAUCUCGGAUAUAAGUUCAUCAUUCGUAAACCAAGUUCAGUGACAAUACUUCUGGAAGAAAGUGGUGAAGAGCAAGUUUAUGAACUUCUCAACAUUUGUGAGUUCAACUCAACGAGAAAAAGAAUGAGUGCAAUAUUCAGAUGCCCUGAUGGUUCUAUUAAGCUGUUCUGUAAGGGCGCCGACACAGUUAUAAUGGAGAGGCUAGAAAAAGAAUACAAUCCAUACGUCGAUGCGACGGUAAAACACUUGGAAGAAUAUGCAUCUGAUGGUCUCAGAACUUUGUGCCUAGCAAUGAGAGAUGUCGGGGAAGAUGAAUACAGAAAAUGGAAUGAGAUCUAUGCUGCAGCCGCCACGACUUUGGAUAAUCGGGCAGAGAAGCUUGACGAAGCUGCUGAAAUGAUAGAGAAAGAUUUAUUCUUACUCGGUGCGACAGCCAUCGAAGAUAAGCUACAAGAAGGUGUACCGGAAACUGUUCGAACCUUGCAGGAAGCGGGUAUUAAGAUAUGGGUUCUGACUGGUGAUAGACAAGAAACAGCCAUAAAUAUUGGAAUGAGUUGCCGCCUGCUAAGCGAAGAAAUGAACUUACUUAUUAUCAAUGAGGAGAGUAAAGAAGAAACUCGGGCCAAUAUGCUGGAAAAACUGCGGGCAUUUGAAGAGCACCAGAUUUCACAGCAGGAUUUGAACACGCUUGCACUUGUGAUCGAUGGUAAAUCUCUGGGUUAUGCACUUGAGCCUGACCUGCAAGAUUAUCUAUUAAGCAUCGGAAAACUUUGUAAAGCAGUUAUCUGCUGCCGUGUAUCUCCGCUACAGAAAGCUCUUGUGGUGAAAAUGGUGAAAAAGAAGUCCUCUUCUUUGCUGUUAGCUAUUGGAGACGGUGCUAACGACGUAAGUAUGAUUCAGGCUGCUCAUGUUGGGGUAGGCAUCAGCGGCAUGGAAGGAAUGCAGGCUGCACGUUCAGCUGAUGUUGCUAUUGGGCAAUUCAGGUUCUUGAGGAAGCUGCUAUUAGUGCAUGGCUCUUGGUCUUACCAAAGAAUAUCGGUCGCAAUAUUGUACUCAUUUUACAAGAACAUUGCUCUUUACAUGACUCAGUUCUGGUACGUAUUUGCCAAUGCUUUUUCUGGUCAGUCCAUCAUGGAAUCAUGGACUUUAACGUUUUAUAAUGUUUUUUUCACGGUUCUGCCGCCAUUUGUGAUGGGAGUAUUUGAUCAGUUUGUCAGCAGCAGGUUACUCGAACGCUAUCCACAACUUUACAAAUUAGGUCAGAAAGGUCAAUUCUUUUCGGUUACAAUUUUUUGGGGCUGGAUUAUUAAUGGCUUUUAUCACUCAGCUGUUACCUUCAUCGGAUCCACUUUGAUAUACCGUUAUGGUUUUGCACUCAAUAGACAUGGAGAGACAGCUGAUCAUUGGUCAUGGGGAGUUGCGGUUUAUACCACCAGCAUCUUGAUUGUUUUGAGCAAGGCUGCUUUGGUUACAAACCAGUGGACAAAGUUUACUCUUUUUGCCAUUCCAGGUUCAUUCAUUUUUUGGAUCAUAUUUUUCCCAAUCUAUGCUUCUAUCUUUCCUUACGCCAAUAUAUCGAGAGAAUAUUUUGGCGUUGUGUCACAUACCUACGGGUCUGCUACUUUCUGGCUAAUGCUUCUUGUAUUGCCAAUUUUCGCAUUGAUGAGAGACUUUGUAUGGAAGUACUACAAAAGGAUGUACGUUCCUGAGCCGUACCAUGUUGCUCAAGAAAUGCAGAAGUUCAAUAUUAGCGAUUAUAGACCUCACGCCCAGCAGUUCCAAAAAGCUAUCCGUAAGGUUAGACAGGUUCAAAGAAUGAAGAAACAGCGUGGAUUCGCAUUCUCUCAAAGCGAGGAAGGAGGCCAGGAGAAAAUCAUCAGAAUGUAUGAUACGACGCAGAAAAGAGGUGUGUAUGGCGAGCUACAAGACGCUUCAGCAGAUCCAUUCAGCGAUGAAAACUACGUCAAUAUUCCCUCUGAUCCUUUCGCGGAGGACAUUCGUGAGACCCCAGCAGAAGUCUCCGAAGAAAGCGAAUCAUUCAUUUUGUAA